AUGGCUGCCAAAGUGGCUCCUAUGCCCCCAAAGUCAAACCAGUCCUUUAUCCUGAGAGUUCCUCCGGACUCCAAGCUGGGCCAAGACCUACUUCGCGAUACCACUAGUGGGCCCAAGACCAUCCACCAGCUGGUGCUGGAGCACUUCCUCACCUUCUUGCCCAAGCCAAGCGCGGCCCAGCCCAGUCAGAAAGCCAAGGAGACCUUGGUUAUUUUGAAGGAUCUGAGCGCAAGCCUUCAGAACAGAGUGCAUCUUCACCCCUUAGUGAACCUUCUGCCCAGAGGAGUCCCACAGAAACAGGAGACAGUGUCUCUGUGUUUGAAAGCUGACCCGAAGGAGCUGGUGGUCUUUGAAGAUUUAAAUAUAUUUCACUCCCAAGAAGAAUGUGUGAGCCUGGAUCCUAGUCAGGAGUCCACCUCGGAGAAGGAAGAGAGCAGUGAUGUUGGAGAGAUGGUGUUACUAGUCAGUGAUGGUAACCCUGAGGGUGAAGAUCUUCAGAAGGAACAUGCAGGGAAUGAAGAUUGUAGAGAAAAGUCUUCAGACUCUGAUGGAAUGGAUUGUUCUUUGGUCUCUAAACAACCUCCAGAUUGCUGUGAAGAACAAAGACUAAAUACAUCCAUUCCACAGAAAAGGAAAAUGAGAAAUCUUUUAGUUACCAUUGAAAAUGAUACUCCACUAGAGGAACUCUCAAAAUAUGUGGAUGUCAGUGUUAUUGCUCUUACUCGAAGCCGGAGGACAAGGAGGUGGUACACCUGUCCACUGUGUGGGAAACAGUUCAAUGAAAGCUCCUACCUUAUUUCCCAUCGGAGGACUCACACUGGAGAAAAGCCCUAUGACUGUAGCCACUGUGGGAAAAGCUUCAACCAUAAAACAAACCUCAAUAAACAUGAGCGAAUCCACACAGGAGAGAAACCUUAUUCCUGUUCUCAGUGUGGGAAAAACUUUCGCCAAAAUUCUCAUCGGAGUCGCCAUGAAGGAAUCCACGUGAGGGAAAAGAUAUUUAAGUGUCCAGAAUGUGGGAAAACCUUCCCAAAGAAUGAAGAGUUGUUGCUUCAUCUACAGAGUCAUGAGGCUGAGAAGCCGUAUGGCUGCAAGAAAUGUGGGAGAAGAUUUGGUCGGCUGUCAAACUGUACCCGACAUGAGAGAACCCACUCCACGUGUAAGGCCAGGAAGCAGAAAGGAGAGCGGGCGAGAGCUGACGGUUCUGCCUCAGCUUGAAAAGUACACAAGCAUUUCUGAAUUCCCAGGCCGCCUGACAGAUAACAGAUACCGGAAAACCUCAUUGCAGCCAAAACUGGAUAAAUACCCAUCUUGGCUAAACCUCAAAUUGUUAGAAAAUUCACAGGGAAGGAAAUGUCCUCAAGGGCUAUACCUCAGUUAGCAUCUAGGCUUUUUGGACUAAGUUUUGUUUUAUGAAGUUGUACACAUGUAUAGAUCACAGAGCCCCCUCCCAAGAAAGACUUUAAAUAUGAUUUUGGAGGCUGCUAGCCUGCAUGGUGAACAGAGUGACUCGUGUCUGUUGAAGGUGUUUCCAUUCUUUGCCCCAUGUGGUCAUUCAUACUUGAGAAAAGAGAAUGCAGAGGUCCUUAUCUGAACUGUGUUCCUAGAAAACCAAACUACUGAUUUGUUAAGCUAGCAGCUUCUAAUAACAGUGCAUAUAACCUCAGAAGCCCUGUUAAGGCUGGAGUAUCGAAAGGAAUUGUUUACUUAGAAUAUAGGGAAACUACAGCAGUUGAAUGUCAGAAGACUUAAUCUCACUUGUAUGUGAUCUAAAUAACAUUUGCAAUUUGUGAUGAAACUUGAUGAUUUUACAGAAAUCCUUUUCACAACAUAAUUUAAAGUAUCUACUGUUUGUUCUUACUCUAGUUUGGUAUUCUCUCACACAGCUGUCUCAUGCCCUCCCUUGCCAGAAGAGGUUGGGUUUGUUAGGUCUGGUAUCCAGCCCCACUACUGAAAAAGCCUUUCCAAAUCUUGUUGUUCUGCUGAGCCAGUGUCUGGUCUGCUAAGAAGGAAACCCCAAGAGCCUGAAGAGGGGCCAACCUGGAGGCAGGAAAUAGCUUGGAUCCAUGGCUGGUCAAUAACCUGACCAUGCUUAAUUUAUUUCCCUCUACACACAGUCAUCAGACCCUUGACAAUGGGUGGUCGCUACCUCACAAAGCAAAGUUUUUUUUUUGUUUUUGUUUUUUUGUUUUGUUUUGUUUUGACAGGCAGAGUGGACAGUGAGAGAGACAGAGAGAAAGGUCUUCCUUUUGCCGUUGGUUCACCCUCCAAUGGCCGCCGCGGCUGGCGCGCUGCAGCCGGCGCACCGCGCUGAUCCGAUGGCAGGAGCCAGAUACUUAACCUGGUCUCCCAUGGGGUGCAGGGCCCAAUUACUUGGGCCAUCCUCCACUGCACUCCCGGGCCACAGCAGAGAGCUGGCCUGGAAGAGGGGCAACCGGGACAGAAUCCAGUGCCCCGACCGGGACUAGAACCCGGUGUGCCGGCGCCACAAGGCGGAGGAUUAGCCUAGUGAGCUGCGGCGCCAGCCACAAAGCAAAGUUUUUAAGACCUAAGUCUCUAGUGGUUAGCUCACAUUCCCCCUCAGGGUUCAGAAUUCUGAAUGUCUCCAUUUAAUGGAGAGUCCCUAUCUUUAGCCCUGUGACAUCCAGACUUUCCUGUUCUCUGUAGAAGCAAGGCCACAAGUCCUUGGGCUCCUGUGCCUGCGUCGAGGGCCCAGGGGAGUCUCCUGGCUCCUGGCUUCAGAUUGGCACAGCUCUGGCCAUUGCAGCUGACUGGAGAGUGAACCAGUGGAUGGAGGACCUUCCCUCCCCCAUGUAGCUCUAACUUUCAAAUAAAUAAUUAAACCCUUAAAAAAAAAAAAAAAGAAGCAAAGCCAGUG